AUGGUCUCGAACUCGGCAGCUCUGACUCCGGGGUUGUCCUCGUUUCUCAAAUCACUUAAAACAAAUCCCAUCGAGACAUCAAUUGAUAACCUCGUAUCUCUUUUGAAACGACGACAGAUUCGCCUAUCACGUUCAUGCGCCAUAGCAACCGCUUACCUUCUACUCCGAGUCGUGUCGGCCUUUCGAACCACGGAUGCCACCAAACUGAUUGAACGAGUACAGAGUGUGGGCAGGCGGCUUAUGGUCGCCCAACCGAGGGAACUAGUUGUUGGAAAUAUUGUCAGACGUGUGCUAGGUCUUAUCAGAGAUGAAGCAGAGGACGAAAGGGACGCAGACUUUUUCCUUGCCAGUGAAGCCGGAUCUGAUAGCCGACCACAUACCCCUCAUGGAGUAGAAAGCCACUCUCCUCCACGGUCACAUAUUGCAGACGACCUUGCAAUUCCUGUGCAUGAUAAGGAUUUUCUAUCUCUUCGUGCAGAAGGGUCGGAGCGAUCUUCAUCUCGACCUCCCCUGUCCUCCACACCAUCCCAAGCGCCUCCCGUCAUUUCCAUGUUUAGUCUCCUCCAACACCCCGAAGCAGAUUCACCUCAACCUAGUUCCCCAGGCACCGUGUCCCCAUCAGGCCGAUUCCAGGGACAGGGCCAGCACAAAGACAUACGAGCCGAAGUCUUGGACGGCAUCGGCGAGAUUAUUGACGAACUCGGGCAAGUAGACGAUCAGAUCGCAGGUUACGCGCUGGAGCACAUACAUUCCAACGAGGUCAUCUUGGCAUACACCUCAUCCACCACCGUUCAAAAAUUCUUACUCAAAGCCGCGACCAAGAGAAAAUUCACUGUCAUCCAUGCCGAGUCUUUCCCCAAUAACCACGUUGCGACUCAUUCUCGAGUCAGCGGCAACAACGACAAUGACGAUCAAAGUCUGAGUGCCGAAAACUUCACGAAACCAUUGACUGCAUUGGGAAUCACAGUCAUUGUCAUUCCAGACUCUGCUGUCUUCGCUAUCAUGUCCCGAGUUAACAAAGUCAUCUUAGGAACCCAUUCGGUCUUGGCUAAUGGUGGCCUGGUCGCCGCUGCUGGUACGCGAGUGAUUGCCAGAGCGGCGAAAGUCCACCAAACCCCGGUCGUUGUCGUCAGCGGUAUCUAUAAGCUCAGUCCUGUUUACCCAUUUGACAUUGAGUCUCUCAUUGAGUACGGUGACGCCAGCAAUGUCAUCCCUUUCGAAGACGGCGACUUAGUCGACAAGAUUGAUGUUGAAAACCCGCUUUACGAUUAUGUACCUGCUGAAUUGGUUGACUUGUACAUCACAAACUUGGGUGGUCAUGCUCCGUCAUAUCUUUACCGUAUCGUCUCGGACCACUAUCGCAAAGAAGAUAUAUCCUUCUAA